AUGUCUGAAGAGUACUUAAUCAAGCCUGAGAACGUGGCACCUACCACUGAUGCGAGCGAGUGGCCUCUGCUGCUGAAAAAUUACGACAAGCUGUUGGUAAGAAGCGGCCACUACACUCCAAUUCCUACCGGCUCUUCUCCACACAAGAGAGACUUGAAGUCGUACAUCAGCUCCGGUGUGAUUAACCUGGACAAACCUUCCAAUCCUUCCUCUCACGAGGUUGUUGCUUGGAUCAAGCGUAUCUUGCGUUGCGAGAAGACUGGUCACUCUGGUACCUUGGACCCUAAGGUUACUGGUUGUCUUAUCGUGUGUGUCGACAGGGCCACCAGACUGGUGAAGUCGCAGCAGGGUGCUGGUAAGGAGUAUGUUUGUAUCGUGAGAUUGCACGAUGCUUUGAAGGAUGAAAAGGACCUUGGUAGAGGUCUCGAGAACCUGACUGGUGCUCUUUUCCAGAGACCACCUUUGAUUUCUGCUGUCAAGCGUCAGUUGCGUGUGCGUACCAUUUACGACUCUAACUUGAUUGAGUUUGACACCAACAGAAACCUUGGUGUGUUCUGGGCCUCCUGUGAGGCCGGUACCUACAUGCGUACCCUGUGUGUCCAUUUGGGUAUGUUGCUCGGUGUUGGUGGACACAUGCAGGAGCUGCGUCGUGUCAGAUCUGGUGCUUUGUCCGAGAACGACAACCUCGUCACUCUGCAUGAUGUUAUGGACGCCCAAUGGGUUUAUGACAACACCAGGGAUGAGUCCUACCUGAGAAAGAUCAUACAGCCUCUGGAGACUCUGCUUCUUGGUUACAAGAGAAUUGUCGUCAAGGACUCUGCUGUCAAUGCAGUCUGCUACGGUGCCAAAUUGAUGAUUCCAGGUUUGCUGCGCUACGAGGAGGGUAUUGAACUUUACGACGAGGUGGUCUUGAUGACCACCAAGGGUGAGGCUAUUGCCAUUGCCAUUGCACAAAUGUCCACCGUUGAUCUCGCUACCUGCGACCACGGUGUGGUUGCCAAGGUGAAACGUUGCAUCAUGGAGAGAGACCUGUACCCAAGAAGAUGGGGUCUAGGUCCUGUUGCUCAAAAGAAGAAGCAAAUGAAGGCUGACGGCAAGCUUGACAAGUACGGAAGAGUCAAUGAGCAGACUCCAGAAGACUGGAAGAAGUCAUACGUCUCUCACGAAGGAGACCAGCCUGCUGCCCAGGUCUCUUCUACCGUAACUGAGUCCGUUUCUGCUACUUCUGACUCUGCCCCUGUCCAGGAAAUGGUAAAGGAAGUCAAGGUCGAAACCAUUGUUAAGGAGAGCGAAGACGACGAGGACAAGGAAGAGUCGGGCAAGAAGGAAAAGAAGGACAAGAAAGACAAGAAAGAGAAGAAGGAAAAGAAAGAGAAGAAGGAAAAGAAGGACAAGAAGAGAAAGGCUGAAGGUGAGGAAUCUGCAGACAAGAAGAAGAAGAAGUCGAAGAAAUAA